CCCCACACCGACUUGUCUUGAGCUGUCGGAGCCUGAUCAUUCUUCGCCCUUUGACCGGCUGCCAUCGCUGACAAGGCUCAAGGCGCCGCGGCCCGCCUAUCGUAACCAUGGCCGACGCAACCCUCUUGCUCGACGACCCUUUGUCGUCGCCGGAUCCGCUUGCCGACGAGAUUCCUAGCUCUGUCCAGUCAAAGACCAGGCGCAUCGCGAUGCCACACCACGACUACUCAAUGGCCGCAGCCCGAAGCUCGUCGCCCAUGAAGUCGCCCUCGAGAUCAUCCGCGAAGCGCCGCUCCGUCUCCCCGCGGAAGCGGACUUUUGAGCUCGACGUUGGCAACGAGUCCACCCCUCAGCGCAUCCUUGUUACGGUCGAGGCCGACGAAACCAUGCGCUCUGGCGUCAACCGCAGGCUGUUCCCGCCUUCUUCGCCCACCCGCAAAAUUGUCAGAGCCGAGGAAACAACGACGAGAAAGGUGCCCCUGCGUGGUCUGUCGGACGACGAAGGACUCGGCGACGACACAGCCGUCACGCCGCGGAAGAGAAGCCGGCCACGUAAGAGCAAUGGCACGCCCGUACCGAGGCCUAGAAAGCGCGCCGGCACACCACUGAAGCCGGCGACCGAUGCGACGCGACCGAGACUCGAGCUACCCUCUGACGCGAGCAUGUUCAGCGACGUAAACCUCGGGAACGACACCGAUAUCCGUGGCUCCACGCCAAAGCCAAAACCGAGAGCGAGGAAAACACCUGCGAAACGCGCGCCGACACCAGGUGCAGUGCCGUCCUCACAAGUCCCAACCAGCAAGCAGAGAACAGGCAAGAAGCGUGGGAGGCCGCGGAAAGCACUGAUGCCGGAGGAGGUGGCCGAAUUUGCUAUUGCUGGUAGCGAGCUGGAUCAGCCCGAGACUGCGAUCGCGGAUCCCGAGCCCAUGUCGAUGGACGAUGUCUCGGUCACCGGAGAAGUACGAUCAAGUAUCGAAAAUGCGGACGAUGUCGACCCGAUCGAGCACGAUGAGCUUGAACUCCAAGACGGCAUAGCGAUUGAUGAUGAUGAUCCCCCAUCACGACUAGCUUCCGAGCGAGACGAUAGCGUGACACCAGUUCCGCCAGAAUUAACGAUACUUGAACCCGUGUUUGGGGACCUGGUUAUCCCCAACAGGCCACCAAGUGAAGAGGGACAGCCUAGCAGCAUCCACCAAGAGGAGGCGGAGAGCGUAGGGGUGCCUCUAAGCGACGGAUAUGCACCUUUGCUGGAACCUGAAGAUGAUGGUGUGUCAGACGUUGGGACUGUUGAGUCUGCCAACCCGGCCAGGCAAGACACUUUGACGCACGCCUCGGAUUUCAGCAUGAUCGCUGUGGAAUCGCUGCCAUCGUUCCAGGCGUCUUUCCAGGCUUCGUUUCAUGGCAAUCUAAGUCGCAUCUCGGAGGUGCAAGACGAACCCGCAGAACUCGGGGAAGCCACCAAUAUGAUGAUCAAUCAGACCUUGGAGACGCUACGUCGCAGCAUACAAAACGAAACAUCCGCGGACAACUCGGACGAAGAAGGCGGUGAUGAAGAUGCCGUCAUGCAGUCUGGACGAAGAGCUUCGCCCAGCGGUCUUUCUGCCGAGAAACAGGCCCCAGGUUCUCAAUCUCGAAUGAGGAAUGCGUGGUCGAGCAGUCCAUCUGGGAGCCCUAGGCGGAGGAAGUCCAUCCCCUUGAGCCGGCAAGUAUUUUCAGGAAAGGCACGGCAAACAGAUGACUCGUUCUCCAGCAUUCCAGACAGCAUUCUCCAAGCAGCAACACCAGCUCGGUUCAGACCCCAGCAAGCCGACGUUGGUCAACAGUCAUUGGAUGGAGAGGAUCAGUACGAGGACUCUUUCUCGGAGAUCCCUGAAGCGAUUCUUGAGGCUGCGACGCCAGCUGCUGCGCGCCAGCGAACGCGAGACUUUCCCAGCGGUCUGCAAAGCAGCCCAAUGACCCGCGACAUCUCACCAGAGAUUGACACCGGAUCGGCACGGCAGUCAAACCGAUUGCCAACCCCCGAUGACACGUCUUCGUCGAAUGUCGAACCUCGACGACUAGUGCCGGAUGACCAGGCACCCACGGCAGAACAAAGGCCAGAUCAAAUUGCCCAAUCGAAGAGCCAAAUACCCUCAUCGCCUCCCAAUAUUGUGGUACAGCGGCUUGAGAGCUUGGAGGCUCGUGCCUCGUCACAAAGACGAGAUCCGCAUCGCGAGAUACCUGAGUCUCCACAGAUGCCAUCCUUCUCAGAGACAGAUCAGGGCGAGCCUCCACGAAACCUGGAGCCGCCGCCUUCAUCCCGGCGACCCACUCUAUCGCCAAUCGUACGUGUGGCAAGAACAUUACAGAGCGUGAUGUCGGACAAAUCGUCUCCUGAAGGACUAGAGAGCAACUUGGGUAGCCCAUUUAGAGGUUCGCACAGUCGACAAUCUUCGAUCACGAAGUCACCCACUCGCAACGCGAGCGAGCUUUUCGGUCGAUCGACCAAUAACCAGAUGCCGCCAUUUGCAUCUGCGUCGUCGCGGGAGAAUAGGCAAAGCAUCAGCCAAAGCGCCCGAUCUGGCUCGCAACAUGACAGAACGCGUAGUCUCGACAACCUCUUUGGGCCACAAAUUAAUACCGAGCGACAGGAUCCAAAUGCUCGACUGCAAGCUCCUGCGUCAAAGGAGCGGACGCCUGAAAGGAGGGGAUCUGUGCCGUCCGGGCCCAUGUCAAGUUCUACUAAGUCAUUAUUGCCCAGUGAUGACCGGAUGAGUUGGGUUGCCGAGGACAGCCCGCUGCGAGCCAGAUCAAUUACACGGCAGAGCAUCACCCAAGCUUUACGCGAGUCUAGCCUCGCGGCAUCGCGAAAGCGAGAUUCACUGCGCAAGUCGCCACCAGAGCGCUCAGUUGAAAUGAAUCGCGGGCCAUCUUCAAGUCCGCAGCGACCUGAUCCCCCUAUUACCAAUGAAGAGGACGACAUACUCCUGGAUGCCGCCGACGAUGAUAUCUGGGACUUCGAGGCCUCGCGGCCCGAGUCUCGGCAAGUGACUGCCUCUGCUGUCCCCAGGAAUCCCCAUCGAAUGAGCGACGAGCCUCGACGAGGCAAGAUACCCAGCCCCUGGAGUAGUCAUGGUCGGCACAAUAUGGACCAAGAAGAGAUCGACAGCCCUUCACAGAUACUACUCGAUGAGAGUCCGCAGAAGCGGCUAGGCCCCUCGGCGCCGGAAUACGCCCAGAAUGAGGAACACAGGACGUUUCAAAGGUCCGUCUCAGAGGAGGAAGAAGAAGACGAAGAAGAAGAAGGCUUACCUAGCCCGCCCAGAUCUCAGCAACAAGGGAGAGCUUCUGAGACUGCCAAAGAUACUGGAGGGUCUGAAUAUUCCCUGCUCCAAGAUCAGGAUGAUGCUGGCAGGAUGCCAAGCGAGAGAUCCGUCGAAUCUGUGAACGUUGAGGAAUACUCCUUGAUCGCGCCUCAAUUGCGGCAGACGGGUGCCAGGAAGAACUCAGCACAGCCAGUUAUGGCUGAUGGAGGAGACGAACAUUCUCUUGUGGCCAGGGAUAAUGAAGAGCAUCCUGAUCCGCCACCGGCUAAGUCCCGGUUCUUUGGCGGCUUUGAUAUCAUGUCAUUUUUCUCCUCGCCAUCUGCCUUGCCCAGCGCCAAAGACCCCAAACCCACCUCUUCCAAUGGCGAGACAGCGAAGCCCAAAGGGUUACCGAGCAUGCCGCCACAGGAUCUACCAGGGUUACAACCACAGAAGGCGCAAUCGUCCCUGUGGGCAACCGGGCUCUUUCCCUCGAUUGCUCAAAAGGAGUUCAGGCCGAGUCCUGAACGCGGCAAUACGCUCUUCUCUUCUUCGGCGCCAGCAAGCUCGGCUCGAGUAGACCCAGACACGAGCCCGACUCCGACGCCGAGAUCGCGCGACCUGCCCUCGACCCCGGAACGACAGGCCUUUCCGACAAUCGAGCAAAAGCGAGAUUUCACACCACGCUCCGGGCAGAACGGCUCGGCACUUUUCACCGGGCGUGCUGCGCCUGCCCCGACUCUGCCUGCAAUCAGAGUCCCAAGCACAGUCGCUUUCCUAAAUCCGUCAAAUAGCAGGCAGGACCACGACACCUCAAUUGCGACGGAAGAUUCAGAGUACGAGCGGGUACCACCACGCGAGAUUCCCUCGCGAUGGGAUAAGACUCUCUCUCCCUCAAAGUCAUCCUUUCGCUCUCCAAUGAAGCCGACGACACCGGGCAGAGUCGUGGCUUUCACGAAGAAUGUGGUAUUUCCGGAUCCGCCAUCGAAUGGAGAUUUGCCGAGGAAAGCGAACGCCCCAGCUCCAGAUAACACCUCAAGGCACGUGUUCCUGCAACCGCCGCCCCAGCUGCUGCAGCCCAGACUCUCUGGCCAGGAAAACGAGCUGCGCUCCAGGUCCGCCGCGAACGCAGCUGCCGCUCGUGUGCAGAGGCCCCAGAGAGAGGCUCCGGUCGACGACGAUGGCAUGAGAAUAUCUGUGCCACCAAGGACUGGAGCAGCAGAAACGAACCGCUUCCCGCAGCCCAAGGCUUUCGCGCUCACCGGCACAUCCUGGACUAAGGCUCACUGGGUGCGCUUCGACGAGAUCCUGCAAUUGCGUCGUAAGAAUGUGCAGCAGUUCCGUCGUGACCACCCUUACGCCUCAUCGCCGGGCGACUUUGCAGACGACCCGAUUGACUGUAAUGACGACGGCAACUAUGACGAUGAGCAGGCUUCAUCACGACCUACCUCACGUGGAGGCAAGAUCCUCGGCAAGCAGGUUUCUGGCCAGGGAGCGAGCAUGCUCAUUGAGUCGUGGCACUUGGAGGUCAUCAAGGCUUUCAUGCAGGAAAUUGACCCCUGCCCAUGGGACGAGAUGGUGUUGGCAAAGAGACUGUUCGCACUGAUCGUUGGCGAGGAGAGGAGGCGGAAUGGCGCCGUCAAGCCUAGCGCAACCCGCGCUUCGGCACAAAUGACAUCCGGACAGAGGGUCAAUCUUGGCGCAAGGCAUCGAGCCUGAGGAGAGCAAGUAUUGGCGAUUGGAAAAGCUACUGAUAACGAAGUCUCUUUGGAAUAGUUCUGCGUAGAGACUACCGCGCAGAGACUACCACAAGCA